AGCCCGCCCUUUCCUUUCAGCACAAAUGUCCGUUUGUAAAACAGCAGGGCUGGCGUCUGCAGGAUUUGCGGGCUUCAGUCCUGCAGUAAGUGCGGGAGGCUCAGAAUUUCCAACGAGUUCACCUUAGAGCCAGCCAGGGCAGCGCCAGCCUACCCAGUAACCUGAGUGCCCGCAGCGUCAGCAGCUACACCGAGGGGGAGGAAUAGAAAUUUUUCAUCCAUAAUUCAGAAGCUAAGUAAAUAACAAAAUGAAGCCAGUAAAGCAUCUGUUGACCUCUAGUAGUAAAUUGGUAAACGUUCCAGAAUUAACAUUUAAAAAAGGACUAUUUAAUUCACCAUUGUCACCUAAACCAAAGGAAAAACAUAGUGCAAAAUUAGCACGUGAGAAACUUGAACCGAUGGUCUUAAAAUCUCCACCAACAGGAGAAUCCAUUGUAAGGUAUGCUUUGCCCAUUCCAUCAAGUAAGACAAAGGAGUUAAUAGCAGAAGAUGAAUUGAUCAGGAAAAUUACCAAACAUCUGAAGAUGGUGGUUUCUAGUUUGGAAGAAGCCUAUGGAUAUGGCACUCAAAAUGGAGAAAAAGCAGUUGUGAAGCCUGAACUUGAAGGAUUAACCUCUUCUGUUGGGGAUGAUCUGACUUCAUUCUUAAUAUGUUGUUCACAAUUUGCAACUCAGUUAGAAGCAGCAGCUAAGGAAGAACAUAAUAUUUUGGAAUCUCUGUUUAAGUGGUUUCAGCGACAGGUCAAUCAGAUGGAAGAGAUAAGCAAAGAUCAAACUUUUUCAGAAGCAGAAUUUCCAACUCCUGAUAAAACAGUCAGUUUAAGCAUUGCACAAAUAGUAAAGCAGGUACACAAACUUGAAGAACUGAAAAAUCGCCUUAAAGAAGGGUCUAAAUACACCUUCAGAGAACUGUUGUCUAAACCCAAGGAUAGGGAAAUGCCACCAGAAGAUGUGCAAACUUAUGAAACUGUGAAGCAGAAAAUUGAAGAAUUCAUAAAAACACAGUCAACUGAAGAAAUUACAGAUGUUUCUGUGACUGAGCCACAAACUUCUCCUGUAACUAAUCAAUUGAAUACCAUGUUGAGAAUAUUUGAAAAUCAGGCAAAUAAAUUAGAAAGAGCUAUGAAUGAGCAACUGAUGUUAGAGGCUAAAUAUACACAGAUUCAAAGUAAUCUCCAAGUAUUAUCAGAGGAGAAAUUAAUGCUGGAAAAUGAACUACAGAAGUUGAAAAGUACAGAGAAAACAAAGGCUACAAGUGAGCGAACAAAGAAAAUUAUGAAAACAGAGAAGAAAAAGGACAAAGGAAAAUCUGAAGAUUCAGAAGCGAAGAAGUCUGUAGGGAAAGAGCUUAAAGUAAAAGAAAAUGUGCCUCAAGUCCAGAAAGUAGCACAUGCUCUGGAAAUUGAGAACAAAGUUCUUCGGGAACAACUGAAACAAGCUUUACAGGAAGCUGAAAGAGCUAAGCAGCAACUUGCCUAUUUCCUAAAUCAAGAAAAGGAGUUACUUAAAAGUGAGGCAAAGACCAAGACAACCACAGAAAUGGGUACUGGUAAAUUAAAAGUUAAAGGUGAAGAUUCAAAAUAUAUACCAUUGGAAAAUGAAACAAGAAAAGCAGUAGUGGGAGAUGCAGGUGGACAAAAAACAAAUGAUAAAAUUACACAUCCACAGCUCAGAGAAGGAAAGAGCUAGCCCUGCUAUUUCAGAUCUUUCACAGAUCCUCAAGUCUCAAGAUGGAUCACCUUUUUUAAAGACUCCAAGUGAAGGUUUAACUGAUGAAGAUCUGUCCCAUAUACUUUCAUCAAAGAACUAUGAUAAAACAUUCACAACAAUGUUAUGGCAUGAAGAAAUUAAAGAUGCACAGUCUGUUGGAAAAUUGCUUCAAGGGAAUGAAAUGUCUGCAGCAUCAUUUAUCUCACCCUCUGUUAAAAGAAGGAUGCUGGGUACUGACAUCUCAAAGGCUGAUAUUAUAGAAGAGAAUUUACAAACUAAGAUUGAAAAACAAACUUACAAAGAAGCAAGAGAAUUUCAAGAAUUAGAUGAAAAUCCUCUGCUUAAGAAUGAAACACCAUCAGAAACUGAAACUCGGUUGUUGUAUCAGGGAACUACUAGAACAAAUAGACGCAAUGAAUUUUGAGGCAAGAGUACUGGAGUGGGAUUUCCUUCUCCAGGGGAUC